AAAAAUAUGAAAAAACAAACAAAAUUAGGCAUUGAAGUUUCAAAAAGUGAAAAUUACUCGGAAUGGUACUCACAGGUGAUAACGAAAGCAGAAAUGAUUGAAUAUUAUGACGUGUCUGGAUGUUACGUUUUGCGUCCUUGGGCUUAUUCCAUAUGGGAAGAUAUACAAAAUUUUUUUGAUGCUGCAAUAAAAAAAUUAGGCGUACAGAAUUGCUAUUUUCCGAUGUUUGUAUCGAAAAGUGCUUUGGAACGUGAAAAAUCUCAUAUAGCUGAUUUCGCACCUGAAGCAACUGGGAAUUCGGAAAUGGCCGAGCCUAUAGCUAUUCGUCCAACGAGUGAGACGGUAAUGUAUCCAAGCUAUGCGAAAUGGGUACAAUCCCAUCGUGAUUUACCUAUUCGUCUUAAUCAGUGGUGUAAUGUUGUGCGCUGGGAAUUUAAGCAUCCAACGCCAUUUUUACGUACGAGGGAAUUUCUGUGGCAAGAAGGGCAUACAGCAUUUCAACAUAAGGCAGAAGCAGAACGUGAGGUGUAUGAAAUAUUAGAUAUUUACGAAGAAAUUUAUGUUAAACUCUUGGCGAUUCCUGUUAUAAAAGGACGCAAAAGUGAAAAGGAGAAAUUUGCUGGUGGCGACUAUACAACUACUGUUGAAGCUUAUGUCCCAGUUAAUGGUCGUGGGAUACAAGGUGCAACUUCUCAUCAUCUUGGACAAAAUUUUUCAAAGAUGUUUGAUAUUUCUUUCGAAGAUCCUGAUGGCGGUGGAAAAGUUUAUGUGUGGCAGAAUAGUUGGGGCUUAUCCACACGAACAAUAGGCGCAGUGGUCAUGAUUCAUGGUGAUGAUAAUGGGUUAGUGUUGCCUCCUAGGAUAGCAGCUAUCCAGGCAAUUGUUAUACCGGUAGGAAUUGUUGCAAACACAAGUGUUGAAAAUAAAACUAAAUUGUUAAAUAUGGCGAAAGAAAUCACAACAUUGCUAUGUGACGUUGAAAUUCGUGCUGAAUCGGACUGUAGAGAUAAUUAUUCUCCAGGAUGGAAGUUUAAUCACUGGGAAUUAAAAGGCGUACCCAUAAGAAUAGAAAUUGGACCGAGAGAUUUGUCGAAUGAUCAGGUAACAGUUGUAAUAAGGCAUUCGGGUGAAAAGCGAGCGAUAUCCCUAAGAGAUAUUGUGCGAAUGUGUCAACAAUUGUUGGAGGAAAUUCAUUUUGCUAUGUUCAAUAAAAUACUAAUGGCAAGAGAGGCACAUACAAAAAUCACUAAUGAAUGGAAUGAAUUUAAAGACUUACUUGAUCAGAAAUAUAUUUUAUUAUCGCCUUUUUGUGGAAAGAUUGAAUGCGAGGAUCUAAUAAAGAAUGAAAGCGCUCGUGAAACCACUGGAGAAAUUGGAACAGCUGCUAUGGGUGCUAAAACAUUAUGCAUUCCUCUUCAGCAAGUUAGUCAAUUCUUUUAUUAUCCUUAUUGUCAUAUCCUAACUCUCCAUUGCCUGAUCGAUGUAUACAUCCAAAAUGUUUUCAAAAACCAGAGUUCUUUGCCUUAUUUGGGCGAAGUUAUUGAUUCCUGUUGCAAGUGGAAUAUAGACAUCGUCAGAAAAGAACUGAGAAAUAAAAAGAAGUCAAAAGUUGCGCAGGAAAAUAAAACUCUUUCAACACCACUCCAUAGACAGUUACGUGAUCGAAUCGAAGGCGAUGCUGCUUACUCACAAAUAAGGCAAGAAUUCGAUGAAUGGGUUCCAUUAGUAAAACAGAAUAGAUUGGCUGAACAAUUAGUUUUCCCACUAAAUUCGGACGAAAUUUUCAACGACAAUGCAAAUCAGCGCCUUGAAUCUUUCACGCCGCGAACUCCUCUCGAAAAGGAAAUGGAUAAGCUUUUAUCAACAAGCAAAAGUAAUUUAACCAAUGAUGUUACUUACACUGAAGCAGAACUUGAAAUUUUACGUGCAAUGAAUUUGGAUGAAAUGCGAGCGAAAUGCGCUCAGUUGCGAAAAAUGCGAGCACUUCUUGGUUAUCAUCAGGCGAAACUAAAGCGACAGUCAAAGAUUAAAAGCAAAUCUUAUCAUCGACAUAUGAGACUGCGCAAGCAUAAACAAUUAAUAAAGGAAUUCGAUGAACUUCUUGUAAAAGAUCCAGAAAAAGCAAAAGAAAAAUUGGUUGAAAUUGAACGGCAACGAAUCAGGGAACGUGCAACGUUAAAACAUCGUAAUGGUAGCAAGAAAAUUCAGCAAUUAUCUAGAUAUGCGAGCAGAAAUCCUGAAGUGAAACGAUUUUUCGAAGAGCAGAUUAGAUUGGGACGAACACUGACUGAAAAGCAUGGUGGCGGUGGGAUAUCUGAUACUGACGAAUCAGAUGAUGAUAAUAAUAAUAAGAAAUUGUCCAGUCAUGAUUUGCUGCAGCGAGCAGCAGAUCUAGUUGAACGUAAGGAACGAAUUGAAACAAUGUCAACGAAUCCACAUUUAAAAGAUCGUCUCAAAGAAAUGCGAGAAGAAAAGAAGCAACACUCUGCGAAACUGCUUGGAAAUAUGGAUUUGCAAGAAAAACUGGAAGAUUCAAAUAGUACGAAGAUGGCUGAAUCGAUCCCAAAAACAAAGCAAUGGGAGGAAAACGAUAUAUGGGAUGAUAACCAAUCCAAUCAAGUGUUAAAUGCAGAAACAACUUCACAGAAUCUUGAGAAAAAUGAUGAAACGAAUAAUGGUGAAACUUCCAAGGAAGUAAAACGAAAAAGCGUUGCUUUUGCUCAGACAGUUGAUCAAAUUUUUGAUAAUAUCGAGAAUAAAUUAUUGCGAAAAAAGUCCAAAAAGAAGAAAAAAAAAAGUGGAUGUGGUGCUUUAGAUGCAUUUACGAGUGUUGCGAGCAAUGUUGGGAAAAGGAAAGCCAAUUUGGUACCAACAAAAGAGUCGCCACAAAAUAGUACCAAUAUCGAUCAUAAAGAAGCUGACAUAUCUUUGGACCCAAAGCAUUUUUUACAAGUGGAAACUAACAAAAUACUUCAAAUACCUGGCGAACUUGUCGAUAAAAUGGACGAAAUUGAUGCAGAAAUGGAACAAGAAGUUAUUGCCGAAGCUUUCAAGGAUGAUGAUCUUAUUGCGGAUUUCGCGAUGGAUAAAGCAGCUACAGAAGAAGCCGAAAAACCGAAAGAUAUCGAUUUGACAUUGCAAGGUUGGGGUUCAUGGACGGGUCCAGGCAUUGAACAUAAUAAAAAAAAUGAUCGAUUCGUAAUUAAAGCAGCUGAACAAAAGCGCAAAGAUCGUGGAAUGGCUGGUGUUAUUAUCUCAGAAGCGAUUGACAAAUCAAUAGAAAAAUUACAACCGAAUUCUGUGCCAUUCCCUUACACGACUGUCAAAGAUUAUGAAGCCGUAUUGCGACAGCCUAUUGGUAAAGAGUGGAAUCCACAAAGGGUUUUUAAGAAUUUGAUCAGGCCUGCUAUUCGAAUAAAAGUAUGA